UGCCUAUCGCUUCUGGAGAUCGUCCAGAAGGGUUUAUCCGAUUAUUUGGAGACCAAGCGGAUGAUCUUCCCUCGCUUCUUUUUCCUGAGUGACGACGAGCUGCUAGAAAUCAUUGUUCAGUCGAAGCACGUACAGGCAGUGCAGCCGCACUUGAAAAAGUGUUUUGAGAACAUAAGAGAGCUGAGGUUUGAGGUGGAUCUCAGGAUAAUCGGAAUGUACUCCGCCGAGUAUGAAGAAGUCACAUUGCGGCCGCCGAUCUGUCCCAAGGGAAAUGUCGAAGAUUGGCUAGGGCAAGUCGAGAGUGCGAUGCGCAAUACUUUGCGGGAGUUCAUCAGCGAGGCUCUCGAGGUGGUGGAACAAACACCACGUAAAGAAUGGGUAUGCAUGUGGCCGGGCCAAGUAGUCCUUUGCGGCGGCCAAGCUUAUUGGACUGCUCAUGUGGAAGAGGGCAUCAGGAACGACACGCUCUCUGAUUAUUACAAUCUGAUGUUGUUACACGUACGUAGUAUUAAAAUAUUACUGUUUUAUAAGAGAAGCAAGUAUAAAUAUCUUUGUAGAAAGAAAGAAAGAAAAAGAAGGAAAAUAUGCAUAUAUAUAGAAGCUGCUUCUUGCAAAAUAAGCUUAAAAAUAGCGGAAAACAUCCAGCGUGCAAGGUUUCCAAGUUCCGAGGUCGAAAAUUUUUUUAGACUUCCAAGUAGUUCUGGAAUAUUUCUAUUGUUAUUUUUCUUUAUUUCGAAGAGUUCUCGACGAUUGAAAAUAUUUUAGACCCAGAAA